GGUCAGCAAAGGGAGCAACAGACUUCAAUCCAGAGCUUUAAUGGGAGCCAUUGACCACAGCAAAAGGCCUUGACUGGAGUGUCUAGAGUGUGCUUUGCACAGGCCAAAAAGUCACUUUCAUACUCUUUGAACCUUUUGUAUAAACCUAUAUAUUUUUCACUCUGUGGAUUUCAAGAUGAAUGUGCAGCCGUGUGCUAGAUGUGGCUAUGGGGUUUACCCUGCUGAGAAGAUUAACUGUAUAGAUCAGACGUGGCAUAAAGCCUGUUUUCACUGUGAAGUAUGCAAGAUGAUGUUAACAGUAAACAACUUUGUUAGCCACGAGAAAAAGCCUUACUGUCAAGCGCACAAUCCAAAAAACAAUGCAUUCACAAGUGUAUUUGAAGCACCAGCAAAUAUGAAUGCAAAAAAACUGUCAGAAGUGGUAAGUGAGAUAAAAUAUCGAGAAGAGAGUGAACAAUUCAAAUCAGUCUUUCAGUGGGAUGCAAGGUCCAGAGAAAUUGAAAAUGUCUAUAAAGCCCAACAAUUGGCUACCCAGAAUGCUUACUAUGCUGCCUACGAGGAAGGAAAAUCGUGGUACCCAGGAACAAUCCCAGAUCCGGAGAUGGUCAAGAUAACACAGGCACAGAAGGCUCUGACUGAUUUUCAAUAUACAGAAGAAUUUGAGCCACGAAGAGGCAAAGGCAGCUUCCCUGCUAUGAUCACUCCAGGUUAUCAGGUUGCUAAGAGAGCCACCCAGCUAAGCAGUGAUGUGGAAUAUAAGCGUGGACAUGAAGAGAGAGUUUCAAAGUUCACCUCUGUUGUAGACACUCCAGAUAUACUUCACGCAAAGGCUGGAGCACAUCUUGCAAGCGAUUUGAAAUACACAGAAGACUUUGAAGAACGGAAGGGAAAAGGCAGUUUUCCUGCUAUGAUCACUCCAGCUUAUCAAAUAGCCAAGAGAGCGAAUGAAUUAGCCAGUGAUGUGAAGUAUCAUCAAAGAUAUGAAAAAGAGAUCAAGGGAAAAGUCAGCCAUACAGCUGGAGCAGAUGUUGCUCUUGCAAGGGAAAAUGCAGAUCAAUAUGGACAGGGAUAUAUGGAUGAGUUUGAGGAGCGCAGAGGGAAAGGAAGCUUUCCUGCUAUGAUCACUCCAGCUUAUCAAAAUGCCAAGAAAGCAAAUGAAUUGGCAAGUGAUAUAAAAUACAAGAAAGAUCUUUCCAAGAUGAAAGGUGCAGCUCACUUUCACUCCCUAACAGCUGAAGACAACUUGGUCCUUAAACAAGCCCAAAGUGUUAACAAGCUUGUCAGUGAGGUGGAGUACAAGAAGGAUCUUGGAAACAACAAAGACUACAGCAUGAACUACUGUGACACUCCACAAUUCAAGAAUAUGAGCAAGAUCUCAAAAUUCACCAGUGAUCUUAAAUACAAAGAAACCUACCAGAAUGAAAUGAAAGGUCACUAUGUGGGUAUUGGCAUGGACAAGAGGAUGCUCCAUGCCAUGAAAGUUGGCAGCUUGGCAAGCACUAUAGCCUAUAAGUCUGAUUACAAACAUGAUGGUGUUGACUACAAUUACCCAGCUACUCUCACUCCUUCAUACCAGACAACAAGAAAGUUGGUCCCUUUGAAAGAUGUAAACUACAGACAAAGCAUAGACAAGCUGAAGUACAGCUCUGUGGCCAGUACUCCACAAAUUGCUCAAGCCAAAAUAAAUGCACAGCAGCUCAGUGAUUUGAACUACCGAGCCCAGUAUGAGAAGACAAAAACAAAUUAUACUCUACCUCAGGAUGUACCACUGUUAGUGAAAGCAAAAGCCAAUGCUGAGUUAUACAGUGAGGUUAAGUACAAAGAAGGCUGGGAGAGGAGCAAGGGCCGGGGCUUUGAAAUAAAACUUGAUUCUCUGCCUUUACUUGCUGCCAAAGCUUCCAGGGAUCUCGCCAGUGAUAUUAAAUAUAAAGAAGAAUAUGAAAAAACAAAAGGAAAAGCAACUGAAACCAAGGAUUCAAGACUUUUGCACUCUCUGAAGGUGGCCAAGAUGAGUAGUGAGAUUGCCUACAAAAAAGGUUUUGAGGAGAGCAAGGCCCAUUUCCAUCUGCCCAUGGAUAUGAUAAACCUGAGGCAUGCCAAGAAGGCUCAGGCACUGGCCAGUGACUUGGAUUACAGAACGAGGCUCCAUGAGUACACAGUGCUUCCAGAAGAUAUGAAAACCAAGUGGGCAAAGAAGGCCUAUGAUCUCCAGAGUGAUCUCCAAUAUAGAGCAGAUCUGACAUGGAUGAAAGGAGCUGGAUGUAUCACAGAAGGAAGCCUUAAUAUACAACAAGCCAAAAAGGCAGGAGAUUUAGUCAGUGAGAAAAAGUACAGGCAGAAGGCUGACGCUCUGAAGUUCACCAGUGUGGCUGACAGUUCUCAGAUCAAGCACGCCAAGAAAAGCCAGGAACUUCAAAGUGAUGUUGCCUACAGGUCAGGGAAAGAGCAGUUUCUUCAUCAGUACACCAUCAGCAAAGAUGACCCUGUCUUCAUGCUGGCCAAAGCAAAUGCUGCCAAUAUCAGUGAGAAACUCUACAGGAGUAGCUGGGAGAAGCAGAAGGAGAAAGGAUUUGUGCUUCGUUUGGAUGCUUUGUCAUUCUUGACAGCUAAGGCAAAGAGGGAUCUGGCAAGUGAUGUUAAAUAUAAGGAAGGUUAUGAGAAGAUGAAGGGUAAGCUCAUUGGAGUAAAAGCUGUGGAGGAAGAUUCACAGAUGGCUCAUUCCCUGCAGAUGUCAAAGUUGCAGAGUGAUCUGGAGUACAAGAGGGCCUUUGAGGGCACAAAGAGUCAGUUCCAGAUCCCCAUGGAUAUGGUUAACCUUGUUCAUGCCAAAAAGGCUCAGAAUCUGGCCACAGAUAUAGGAUACAAGACCUCUCUCCAUCAGUACACAGCCCUGCCUACUGACAGGAAAGUGGCAUGGGCCAAGUGGGCCUACGGGCUGCAAAGUGAUAACCGAUACAGAGCAGAUUUGAACUGGAUGAAAGGAGCUGGAUGGAUAGCCACUGGGUCAUUAAAUGUGGAACAGGCUAAGAAGGCAGGAGAACUCAUUAGUGAGAAGAAGUACCGUCAGCAUCCAUAUGCUUUGAAGUUUACCAGUAUUAAAGACACUCCUGAGAUGAUCCAGGCUAGAAUUAGUUAUAACCAGGCUGUGGAUAGGCUGUACAAGGAGCACGGAGAGAGUAUAAAGCAUCAGUAUACACCAACAACAGAUCUUCCUGAAAUCCUCCAGGCCAAAUUAAAUGCUAUGAAUAUCAGUGAGACUCGUUACAAGGAGUCCUGGAGAAGGAUGAGAGAUGGUGGCUAUCAGCUGAAACUGGAUGCCAUCCCCUUCCAGGCAGCAAAGGCUUCGGGUGAAAUCAUCAGUGAUCACAAAUAUAAGGAAGCCUUUCAGAAAAUGAAAGGCCAGAUGGCUGGCUCAUGUGGCCUGGAUGGUGACAUUCAUAUUGCUCAUUCAGUCCGUGCAACAUCUCUGCAGAGUGAUGUGAGAUACAAGCAAGGUUUCGAGGACGCCAAGGCUCAGUUCCAGCUGCCUCUGGACAUGGUGCAGCUGGUGCAGGCCAGGCGGGCGCAGUCGCUGGUCGGGGAGCGGGGGUACCGGCAGCUGCUCCGCCGCUACACGGCUCUGGCCGAGGAUGCGCGGCUGCGCUGCGCCAAGAACGCGCACAGGCUGCAGAGCGAGAAUUUAUAUCGGUCUGACAUGAACUUUAUGCGAGGCGUUGGAUGUAUUACCCCAGGGGCCCUGGAGAUUGAAGGAAAGAAGAAAGCUUCUGAACUCAUCAGCGAGAGUAAAUAUCGUCAGCAGCCACAUUCCUUCAAGUACACGUCGGUGACAGACUCUCCUGGCCUCCUUCAUGCAAAAUUCAGCAAUAUGAUUGCUAAUGAGCGCCUGUAUAAAGCAGCAGGAGAGGACAGUCGGCAUCACUACACACCAACCCUGGGUCUGCCAGAGUUUACACGGGCAAGAAUAAAUGCAGCCAACCUCAGUGAUGCAAAAUACAGAGAAUCUUGGCAUAAUCUACGUGCUCAAGGCUACAAGCUGACAAUGGAAGCACUCCCGUUCCAGACUGCCAGGGCCUCCAGAGAAAUUGCCAGUGAUUACCAAUAUAAACACAAUUUUGUAAUGGAGAGAGGAAAAUGCAUUGGUGCCAGGAGUGUUCUGGAUGAUGCCAGGCUGCUGCACUGCUUGCACGCUGCCAAAUUACAGAGUGAACAAGAGUAUAAGAAGGGAUCCCAAGACGUGUGGUCUCAGUUUCAUCUGCCCAUGGACAUGGUCAAUCUUGUCCAUGCCAGGAAAGCCCAGGCCUUAGCAAGUGAUCAAGAUUACAGAAAGAGACUCCAUGAAUUUACAGCACUCCCAGAAGACAUGAAGAUGAAGUGUGCCAAAAGAGCCCACAUGCUGCAGAGUGAGCAUCGCUAUAAAUCAGACCUGAACUUCAUGAAAGGAGUUGGUUGGAUGGCUCUGAGAUCUCCGCAGAUAGAAAGUGUAAAGAAGGCUGGAGAGCUCAUCAGUGAGAUAAAGUACCGUCAGAAGCCAGAAAGUCUGAAGUUCACUGCUGUGGCUGACUCUCCGAGUUUGAUCCAUGCCAAAAACAGCUACCUCCAGUGCAAUGAUAGACUGUACAAGGCUGGAGGUUCUGAAGACAGGCACAGGUACACGCUGCCUCCUGAUCAUCCGGACUUCAUCCGAGCCCGCCAGAACGCGCUCUACAUCAGUGAUUACAAAUACAGAGAAGCCUUCCUGAGAGACAGAGGCCAGCAGAUUGGAUUCCUCAAUGCAAAUGAUGAUCCCAAAAUCAGACAUGUCCUCAGAGUGGGGAAACUCCAGAGUGACCUCCAGUACAGAAGUGAUUAUGCCCUAAACAUGGGACAGUUCCAGAGUCACCUCAACCAGCCAGGAUUCCUCCAUGCCAAGAGAAGCCAGCAGCUUGCAAGCAAUGUUAACUACAGGCAGCCCUUGCACCAAUACACUUGUGACCCUGAGCAGUUAAAUGUGAAACAUGCAAAGCAGGCCUACAAGCUGCAGAGUGAUAUAAAAUACAAGUCUGACUUGAACUGGCUCAGAGGCAUUGGCUGGACUCCCCCAGGCUCUCACAAAGUUGAAAUGGCAAGAAGAGCUGCUGAGCUGGCAUACCUUCGGGAAAUGGGAUUGCUGCAGGCUUCUACUCAGUACAGACCUGGAGCUGACCAGUUGGAGACAGAAGGAUCUCAGCAAGUUGGAGUCAAUCCUGAUGCUUCAGAAAUUCUGCAAGUCAAGAGAAGGCAAAUGCAGCUUUAUCAGAAGUAAACAGAAGCAUGACAUAACAUAAAUAGUUCUUCAUCUUGUCCUGCAAAUCCUGUAGCUUUUCCAGUUUUCUGGGAAACACAAUAGAUGGCAUUUAAGAAUUUUUGUUUUAAGAGGCAAUCAAAACAUUGCAAUUUAUAACAGACAAUUUUAUUUUUGUGUGGAUACUUUGUGAUUUAUCACUGAAUGUAUUACAGAUUCUGCUAUUUAUUUAAAGCUGUAAAUGAAAUUAGUACUAGAUGACUGGCAGGCUCAGCUUUGUACCACUGAUGGUAGAAUAUGAAAUAAUUUGUAAUGAAUAAAUCAGGUGACUCUUAUUCCAUGUAUGUAAUUUUUGGAUAUUUUUGUGUUCCUGGAAUAUUGGCACCAUUUACCUAAGAGAAUACAAAAGCAAGAUUCAGGUGGUUUAAGAGAUUAACAAGUCAAAGGCCAGUGGGAGAAAAGUUAUCACUGACUUGCCAAAGGCAGGUCUUCUAGCAGACAUCAGGGAAUAUGUUCUAGACUAUCAGAAUGUAUUCAGAUCAUCAGUUCUUCAGUUUUUUCCAAACCUUCCAAAGUAAAAAAUCAGAAUCACUCUUUGCAGUAGGGGUAGUAGCUAUUGACACAUUAGGUAGCUGCUUAGAGAAGGUUGUAAACCCCGGAAUUCAAGUGAGAGUGAAAUUACUGUUUUAAGAAAAUUACUCUUCACAAACAAGUCUAUUAUUUAUAUCCUGAUUUAAUACCAAUCCCUUGUUUUUCAAAUUUAUUUGCAGAAUCAUUGGGCAAAAAUGACACAAUUUGACAGGUACAUCUUAUGAGAACUCUCAAAUUACCCAAUGGUUUUAGACAGUUUUUUUAAUAGCAUUUAGUACUACUAGCUCUCACUGGUUAAGUACAUAUAAACCAUUGUAGAUCUGGAGCAUAAUAUGUAAUUAUUCUCUAGUCAGGAAUAAAGUAGAUAAUUCUAUUACUGAAA